GUGAAGUUCCUUGGGAAGGGAGAAAAGGGUAGCUUUCUUAGGUCGUCUGUUGAUUUUGGUAAUGAGAAGGGAAAAAAGCUCGGUGAGUGGAGUUUUGAUUCCGUGUUUCACGAUCUAUUUUUAUUUUGAUGUCAAUGGUCAUAAACUGCUCUAUGAUUGACGCUUAACCCUAGGCGAAUAAGAUGGACUCUGGUAGGAUGAUUUAAGAUGCGUAACCAAACAAGGACAAUGUGGCAUUAACCCUAGAAAUUAGAAAAGCUUAAACGCUUCUGUAAGAGCAACUUGUAGGAUCCAAAAGAGAAAAAAAGUUUUAAUGGCCGGUUCGACGAUUCUAUCGAGACUAUCAUCGGCUCGGUUAAAGGCUCUUCCUUUCAAGCUUAAAAGCAAUAAAUCUGGGUUACCUAUGAUUUCUCCACUGAAUUCGAGCUCUCAGACUGAGGUUGCUUCUUCAGUGAAGCGCAUUUCUGCGAUUUCAAGAUUACCAGUGGAGCUAAGCUGCUUAAUCUCAAUGAUGCCAUUACACAGUGCAGUAGCUUCGGCUCGCCUCAGAUCAUUUCUUGCCAUAGAAUCUCAGAGUUGGGGUUUGAUUCCUCAAGGUAUCUCCAUGCCUUUAUAACAGCACCCUCUUUUAGUAGUUGUUAAUUGUUGUCAAAAUGGAGUGCAGUUCCAUUCUGAAUUUGAAUGCUGGGAGUGUUGAUCAAUAAGAAGCCAGAAAGACGUGAGUUGGCAUCAAGAAACUUUGAUCCCUUGGAUUGAGCCAAAUCUUAUCUGUGUAUGCUUCAUCACAUCAAAAAUUAAUUUAAAGUAAGGUUCUUGUUAAGGUUUAUAUAUAUAUAUAUAUGUUUUUC